AUGUCCAGUCCUAUGAUGCCCACAGCAGAAUAUGGAUCUACACGAUGUGGUUUUAGAGGUUCAAAUUUUAUCGGUGCUCCUUUACAUCUGAAUGUCGAUUGUGAUGGUGACAGUGGGGAUGUUGGUCGAAAAUCUCUUCCCCUUCCUUAUGAUUCCUGUCACGUUACCGCUGACUACUCUGCCUUGCUCUCUCUAUUAGUUCUUGGUGAUAAUCUUGAUCGACUAAAUAGACAAGCGAUUAUUGAAGGAAUAAAAUCACUUCAGCAUAUUAAUGGUAACUUGAUCAACGGAAGUCUUUUCUGUCCGGAGUUUGAUCCCCGGUUUAUUUUCAGUGCAGUUGCUUCUGCCUACGUCCUUGAUUUGCUUGAUCAACUCGAUUUAGACAUUUUUGAGAAAUUUAUGAUGGAGUGUCUUACAUACGAAGGAGCUUUUGGUAGUUCUCCUAAACUUGAAGCCCAUGCCGGUAUAACCUAUUGCGUUUUGGCCAGUUUAAAGCUAAUGAAUCGUUUGGACAAAGUCUUUCCUGUGGGGUCUUUCGAGCGUCAGAAAUUAAUUAAUUGGCUAUUAAGUCGACAGAAUGGUGGCUUUAAUGGAAGACGUCACAAAGAUCCAGAUACUUGCUAUACUUUCUGGGUUGGAGCUUCUCUUAGGAUGUUGGGAGUGCAGCAGUAUGUUGAAAAAGAAAUCCUUCUUAAAUUCAUCUGUUCAACGUACGAUCCUAUUGUUGGAGGAUUUAUGAAAUCACCUGACGGAGACUCUGCUGAUCAAUUGCAUACAUACAUGGCUCUAUCCGGACUUUCGUGUCUUUUUAUCAAUCAACCAACCUCAGGAAAGCCAGACGGUGACACCGCUCACCUUGUUGAAUCCAUGGAAAACCUUAACUUAGACGAGAUAUCAAACUCCCAACUGGUCAGGAUCCUUGAUCAACUUGUCCAAAAGGAUCUAGUACCUAUUACGAUUGCUCUUCGGUGGUUGGCCUCAGGGAGACGACUCUUUACAACAGUAUUUCAGAAGCCAAUACCACCUGACCCAGGUGAAUGCUGUGCCUCCGGAUGCAUCAAUUGUGUAUGGAUUGAUUAUGCUGACCGUCUACUUGACUAUCACUUUAAGCGACUUGGCAACAAGGCGGAAGCUAACGCUAAUGUGAAAUCACUGCGCGAGACUCUCAGACGUGAAAUGAGUGAGAUUGAAGAUGCAAGUAUUCGAGAUUUCAUUUUAUCAGAAAUAGAUAUUCGGAUCCAAGAGUAUUCUAACCUAACGCUACCAUGA